AUGGAAGCAAAGACCGUCCAACAUGCCUACUUUGCCGGCCGUUCCGCGACUGGCUUGCUUGAGGGCGGCCACAGCGCCAUUCUCGAGAGUGUACGCCUGACCCCAUUCAAAAAGCCUUCGACUAGGAAAGUACACCCUGAGGAAGUGCCCUCUGAAGAAGUGCCAGUGCCUGAGUUCAGACUUGAAAAAAUGACACAUACGCUACAAGUGUGUGAGUUCUUGCUCGAGACUGCCGAGAAGCUUCCCUGCUUUGAAGGCUGUGAACUAGUGAUACGCCUACCAGCCGAAGAGGCCUCUCAGAGUCUCGUAGUCGCUGCAUAUCUUGCUGGGCUUCUACUUCCUCGUUUUCCUUAUGAAGACUCCUUGGAAACGUACACACUGGCUGCUGUUUUGAAGGCCGGCAUUGUGCAGAGGUCAGAGACCGAUCUAACUCUUGUUCUCGUCGAAUUGGAGGUUUACAUUGACCAUUUAACAUGGCAUGAGGCGACUUUUGAGGUUUUGAGGAAGAACGAAGGCAACUUUCAAGUUCCUGGGCGAGAUCUGAUCUAUUUUGACGGCGCUUCAUCUUCAAAAGCCUACCAGUUCCUGAGCUAUCUUCUCCCAUGUAUUUUUCUCCGUGCCAAAUAA